UACUAUAUAACAAAUAAUUUGAGGAUGGGGCAAUGUAUAGGAAUGUGCUGCCCGCCUCCAGAUGACGACUCUGGAAUUGCAUCAGAAUCGUCUCCUUUACUGGGAAGAGCUGAUGAUCGCUCUAGAAUAUUGCCAGUAGAUGUUGAUUUGAAUUACCCCCGCGAUGAUUCAGAACAAAGCAAAUUGGAUAAAAUAGUCAGAAGUACCGCUACAGCGUUUGUUGAUAUCAACUCUGACAGAGAUGUCAGCAUUGGAACUACAAGAGAUAAGGAAUCUAUCUAUCAAUCAACGCUUGCGUCUCUGCCGAAACAAGAAACGAACGCCAUACUACCGGAUUGUGGAACUGAGGAUGCGAGUGAAGUGUUUUCUAAAACUUCGGUUACUCAGACUGAUAUAAACCAGAUCGAAAAACAAGCUGAACAAGCUGACACCUCAAUGGGGGGCUUCAGAAUAACAAGUGAGGAAAGCCUGGUCGAAGACUUCAAUAAUACGCCUAAAUAUUGAAAACUUCUCUUUUUUCAACUUAAAUUGAUUAUUGUGUAAUUUAUAUUGUAAAGCCUACGAUCGUUUUCCACGAGCCCCUGAUUUUGUUUUAGCAAAGAUUUUUAUUACUUUUUAUAAAAUGAAAUACUGAAAUAUAUCUGUUUGAAGUUUUCUAUUCUCCAUUCUUGGUAGAAUUUAAAAGGAACAAUUAUAAAGUUCUACACAAUUUGUGCUGUGUAACGAAAAUAGUUCUAUGAAACUUUCUGUUAAAGAUAGUGUUAAUUACCCAAGGUUGCUUAAAGAUUAAUACCAAUUGUAAUUGGAGGCAUGGUCACUUUGUAUGAUAACCAAAUUAAACAUGUCUUACCUGAUGAUCAGUUCAAAGUGCAUGCUCCAUGCAUGCACAGCUAUGUGAUAUAUUUUGAGAAUUUGAUUGAACAUUUAAUUGGGUUUGUUUCGAGUUUUUCAACUCUGGACCACUCUUGGUUUUGGUUUACCUUCGGUGUUGAAGUUUAAAUUAAAUGAGAUGUAAGAAGUCGAUAUGUACGGAAUGGCUUGCUAUUGCUAAUUGAUUGAUUAUUUGAUGUUUGUUAA